GUACACAAAGGGGUUUCUACUUCACCCCGUUUUUUUUAGAAACAGAAAUCUCUGUUGUGUGUCUGGGAUGAUUAGCAGGCUGUUUGCUAGAGGCAGUGAUUUUGGCGGCCAGUGCAACAGAUGGCCGUUUUCGCCUGCAGUGUAUCAGAGGCGGUUUUGGACUAAACCAAAAAAACGUCCUAAGGUUGGUCAAGGGUUCCACGAAAAGGCACAGAAAUGGCGAAGCGAGUAUUUGCUGGACCAGCAGCGUGUUCUAGCGGAUAGCUUGCGUGGUUAUGUGGAAUUUAGCUCCUCAAAACGGGCGGAGCCGUGGGAUACUCGCUUUGCACCAUUUGACCGGGUUGAAAAGGAUGGUGUGCAUAUUCUGACGAAGUAUCUUAUGGAUGACAAACUUCAAUUGUGUAAUUACCAUCACCGCGCGGUGAAGCGGCUUUUUUGUAAUGUUGGGCUUAUGGGACCUCAGGUCACAACUAUGGCUCGCUGGAAACCAUCCCGAUACGCGACCAAUCCAGCAAGUACAACGAAAGCUGAGACGACCUUCAAUAAGGACAAAACCCUCUUUACCGGAUACAACCAUGAUUAGGUUUCCCGUUAUUAUUAUCCUUCUAGCAAUGGCUUUUCGCUGAAGCCUUUUCUUGUGUGAAAUGAAAGUAGAAAUGAUAUUUGAAUU